AUGGCCACGGCUCUUGAGAAGAUAAGCAACCAUCUUGAGUGUGACAUUUGCAAAGAAAAAUAUAAACGGCCCAAGGUGCUGGACUGCCAGCACAGUUUUUGCGAGAAAUGUCUGGAGCAAUACUACAAAACUACGUAUGGAGGUCAACGAAAGAUUCCUUGCCCGGUAUGUCGACGGGAGAUGGUACUUCCGGAGACACGCAUUCAAGGCCUGAAAACAAACUUCCAUUUGAUGGGAAUAGUCGAGGAGGUCUCAUUCCAAGAAAAUGAGCUUUGUUCAGGGAAGGUAACAGGGAAGCAAACACCAGAAGAAGAUGAGUCUAAAUGCCAGAAACACAUGGGGGAAGUAAAAUGGUUUUAUUGUGAGACCUGUGAAGAACUAAUCUGCCGAGCUUGUACUGUAGUAGACCACUGCAAACCAAACCAUCACUACAUUGACUCUAAAAAGGCUUCCCACAAAUACAAAAUAUCACUGAAAGCUUUGUUUGCAGAUGUCAGAACAGACAUCACAACACUUGAACAGGAUUUUGCCACUGCAUCACAAGCUCAGCAGAAAUUUACACUGAACGUCACAAAGACGGUGAAAGCUGUGAAAGACAAGGCGGAUAAAAUGAGGGCUGAGAUAACAUCUCAACAGACAAAGAUGAUUAACAAAAUCAAACAGCUCCAGCAGGAUCGCAACAGAACAUAUCAUGAGCAUCAGAACACACUGUCAAUGAUGCUACAAAGUAAAACAUGCUCGCUACAGACAUCUCAGGAUAUCACUAACGCUGCAUCUGACAGUGACUUUUUGUCGCAAUACCCUAUCAUCAGCAAAGACUUGAAAUCACUCAAGAGUCAAAAUCCUCCCCAGAUUGAUCCCAAGCAUUCAUAUCUGAGCUUCACCCCCGGUCAGAGAAUUGGUGACAUCAAUCUGGGUGAAAUUAAGGAAGAAGCAGUUAAGUGGGAAAUGUGUCGCGAGUUUGGUAAAACGGGUACAUUUAAGAGAAAGUUGGAUGUGGUUCACGGUAUCGCUGCUACUCAGCCUGGUGAAAUUGCCGUGGGAGACUUUCUGCACAAGCGAGUGGUUCUCUGCAGCAAUGAGGGUGAACGUAAGGGACUCAUUCCCCUAACAUCACAUCCACAGGCAGUUGCAGCCACGCACAAUCCUGAGAAACGCUUGAUUGUGUUGGAACUUGAUAGCAAGUAUGUCAAGGUGUUCAACAUGAAGGACAACACUCUUGUUAUGCAGUUCCCAACGGUGUCUAAACAUCAGGUAGACAAGACACCUGUGAAGCUACAGAGCAUAGCAGUCAGGACAAAUGGAACCAUUUUAGUAGGCGACACAAGAAGGAAUGUGUUGACUGAACACAAACCCACUAAUGGUGAGAUCCUACACACCAUACCAGUACAGACUGAACCUUGGUUCCUGGCUGUUGAUGACGACACUGAUAAAGUCUUCAUCAGUGGAGGUCUAACAAAUCAAGUAGAUGUCGCCAAUAGCAAAGGGACUAUGCUUUUCACCAUCAAGCCAACCAUUGAUGGUCAACCAGUGUUGCGCACCCAGGGUGUAUGCUGUGACAGGUCAGGUAUCUACCUUGGAGUGAAGCAAUCUGGGUUUGGCACUAAUCAUAUUCACCAUUACGACCUAGAUGGCAGGUUUCUUGAUUGCCUGGCACAGGAUCUGUAUCUCCCACAGGCAAUGACAUUCACAUCGGAUGGGCAGCUGGCAGUGGAUGACUGGCAUUCAGUCAAGAUGUAUCGCAAGGUGUGAU